GGCACGGGGGAGGCUCCGCUGCAGGCUGAUGCCGGAGCCUGGGCUGAGAGCCCCGCUCGUUUGCUGCACCAGCUCCGGGCAGGGCUUUGCUGCGGCUCUAGCCAGGUGCUGAGCCCGCAGCUCCCCCGGCCGGGCCGCCCCCUGCACCAGCACGGGCACCCUCCUCUGGCUACACCAAAUCCUGGGUGGCAGGGCCAGAACACUGAUGAUCCAGCCAGCCCUUGUCCCACUCCACUGUGUUUUUCAGGGUUUCUCUCAUCUGAGCUAGAAAGGGACGUUCUCCCUCAUGCUGGCUCCCUCGGUCCCUGGACAGGUUAAUCCAACGAAGUGUGCUCCCCACGCCAGGAUGGCUGCUUUUUAAACCUGCCCUGGCGCUCUUGGCCUGCCCCAAGCUCAGACGCAGCUUUUCCUGCCAGUUGCCACCUGUGUUGUCCAGGUGGAGCAGAACCACACUUGGGAUGUCCGGGCAUCGGCUGAGGUAGCCUUGCCAGGCAGGAGCCGGCCAGCCAGCAGGGUCCCUUGUAAAGGUGUCUCUCUAGUGCGUAUAGCUUGUGCCUGGGUGUCUCUUCCAUCCCAUCCCUGGAGUAACCCCGUGAGUUGGUGGUUAGGGUCUGUUCGGCUGGACACGCUUCUGUCCUGCCCGCUCGCAGCACCACUUCACAGCUGUGCGUUGGCUUCCGUGGCCUGAGCUCUGCCUCCUCCCCUGGGCGUGAAAGGCAGGUCCUGGCUGCAGGUGGAGGUUUUAUCAGCGUUUGUCAGCUGUUCGCUCCACAUCCUGCUUUGCAGCGCCUCCCACCCCCCUUUGCCUUGCAGACAUGGCCUUCCCACGGAACCAGAAGCUGAACCUCCUGCGCCUCACCGUGCUCUUGAUCGUGGCUUUAGCUGGUAUCAAAUUUAUCUUCCGAGACAGUGUUACCCCGGAUCUGCACAAGCACAUCAGUAAGGACAAUGACUUCUGGGGAAAGGCUGGAGAAGAAAAGGAGGAGGCCAACCCCCACAACCAGGCCUUAGAGCUCUCGGCGGUGAAGAUAAUGGGUCCGAAGGAAGACACCAAAAAGCAGCUCUCCAAGGACUUCAGCACCACGGAGAUGAGGCUUGUCCACCUGGACCUGAAAGGAGCCGCGCCCAAGGUCUCCUACUUGGAGCAGGUGUUUCCGCUUCUCUCCAAACUUGGUGCAAAUGGAAUCCUGGUCGAGUACGAAGACAUGUUUCCCUUUAAGGGUGAGCUUGAAACCCUCAAGUCUUCAUAUGCUUAUAGCGAAGAUGAUAUCGAGAAGAUCCAGCGGCUAGCGGCGCUCAGUAAGCUGGAGGUGGUUCCCCUGGUGCAAACCUUUGGGCAUGUGGAGUUUAUCCUGAAGCACGACAAGUACCGAUACCUGCGGGAAGUCGAGCGCUUCCCCAACAGCCUCAACCCCCACCUCCCAGACACCCUGUCCCUGCUGAAGAGCAUCCUGUCACAGGUGAUGGACAAACACAGACACUCGAGCUGGAUCCACAUCGGAGCCGACGAGGUCUUUCAUCUAGGGGAAGGGAUGGAUUCCAAGAACUGGAUCAGCCUCAACAAUGGAGAUGUGGGGAAGAUGUACCUGAAUCACAUCAAGGAGGUCGUGAACUUCAUCGUGAACCAGUACAAGGGACUCCAAGUCCUCAUGUGGGACGACAUGCUGAGGAAGAUCAGUGUGGGAGCCAUCCAAGAGUCUGGCAUACCGAAGCAUGCCUCCCCAGUGCUGUGGUUUUACGCCCCAGACUUUGACACUGAGCAGAUAGGAAAGUUUAUUUCAAAGUACGCAGACAGUGGCUUCAAAUCGGUGUGGUUCGCGAGUGCCUUCAAAGGCACCACCGGCCCCGCGCAGGCCUGGACCCCUUUAAAUUACCACCUGAAAAACCACCUGAGCUGGCUGAAGGUGAUCCAGGCCAUGUCCAAGUUUCCGUUCAUCAAGUUCCAGGGAAUUGCCCUCACGGGGUGGCAAAGGUACGACCAUUACUCCGUGCUGUGUGAGCUGCUGCCGGUGGGGAUCCCGUCCCUGGCCAUGUGUCUGCAGACGCUAGUGAACGGUGGAUUUACUGAAGCAACUAACAAGAAAAUCCUGGAUGUGUUGGGCUUCCAGAACAUCCAUCUAGAGAAGAGCACGUGUGAAGGGAAUGGCGCAUUUCCAGGCUCUGAAAUCUAUCGCAUGGUCGAGCAAAUCAAUGGCCAGUUAAAAGAGAGCAUUGCGAAAGUCCUGGAGGAAGAAAGUGCCAUCAAGGGCUGGUUCAGCCCGUACCACAGGAAACACCAGUUCGGUAACCCGCGCAACCUGGAGAACUUCGGCAGCAAGGUGUUGAAGGUCCAUGAGGACUGGGAGAACUUCAUCCAGAACUUCCGCUCCCAGCUGGAAAGCAUCUACUUCCCGGACACGGUGGAGGAGUGGAUGGAGGAAAACGUGAAUCCCUACAUGGACCGGCUGCGGGAGUUUGUCCGGGACUACAGGGAGAUCAUCCGCCUGAAUGCCAAGCCCAAGGCCUUGUAGGGGCAGGAGCCCAGGCUGGCUUGCUGCAGCGAGGAGCCCAAUUUCACUGCACAGCGGACUUGAGCUGCCUGGAAUGUGGUGACUCUGGCCAGAGCUUAUUUCCCCUUGUCAUAGUCCAUUAGCAACCCCCAGGCCAGUCUUGUUUCCUGGCUCCCUCUCUCUGCAGAGGUGGCCACUGGACUUCUCUGUUCCAAUCCCUCUUCACACUAGUCCCGAAAAUAAUCUUGAAAAGCAUGAGUGAGGCCCUGGGGGGGCGGGGGCCUCUGGGAUUGGGCAGCUGUUAAUGUCUUGGGCUUGCCCGCUCAGAGCCACUGCAGCACCCAUCCCAGACAGCAGGUGCAGCCCGCGAGUCGCUGGCCAUCUGAGCUCUGAGCCCUGUGGCUGCGAUGCGUUCUCCAACCUUGGAGCAGUGCCCUUUUCCCUGCGUGCCCAGGAUUGUGCUGUCACUGCGGCUCCCCCAGGAGAGGUGGGAUGGGGCUGGCUUGCCUUUCAGCCCCCAUUCACGCUUGUCCGGGAGCCCAUGGCUCUGGCAGCGCAGACCUGCUCCGUGGAUCCCCCUUCUUUGUGGGACCAGGUAGGAAAGCCAUGCCCACCUUCUUCGAGGGGCCCAGGGGUGGGUCUGUCCCCAGCCUGGCGCUCCGUGAAGCCGUAACAAUGGGAGCUGUUUGGCCCUUCGUGGGAAAGCUCUCCCGACAGUGACCAGCUCGUUUGGGACGGAGACCCCCAUCUACUUCCUGGUGACCCAAAGUCAUGAGAGGAGCCUCUCCUUAGGGGGAGCUGGGUCUCUGCCGACACUCUGGCCACUCGGGGAACAGCUCUUCCCCGAGUGUCGGCUGUGGGGGGGUCACACAAGGUCUCGUGCUCUUUGCACUAGUCGCAGAUUGCUGACCCAUAGAAAAUAGGUGUAUCUGUGCCCUCCGUGCCAGUGAGGUGACUGGGCCACUGUCUAGUGUUCACAUUGGCCCAGUAGCCAUAGUGAAUCUGAAGACGACUUGCUUAGGCUUCGGGCUGUUUGGAGCGGGGCUUUCCAAAGGUCUUGGAGCUGGCCUCGCUCCUGCUGGCCACGUCCCUGGUAAAACAUCCCCUGACUGCAGCGGGUGCAGAGUCAUGCCGAGCGCCAUUGAACACUGCACCCUGACCCUAUGUCGGCACUGCAGUCCCAGGUGUCACGGGCACUCAGGCUCUAAUCUCGCUAGCGUGGCUGAAAGUAGCGGUAAAGCUGCAGUGCGGUGGGCUAGCCAUGUGAGUACGUAGCCAGCAGUCUGGACCGGCGUGUCCUGUACUGAAGCCGUGCCGCUGUGGCCUCACAGCUGUUUUAGCUGCACGAGCGAGGUCAAAACUACCUCCCGUAAGCCUGCCUGAGCUGCAGUGGCUCCUCCGAUUGCAGGGUAGACGUCCCCUUAGCUGCUGGUAUCUAUUUUGAACGCUGAGAUCUGAUGCCCACGAUCUGUUUCCUUCUGGAGAUGUGGAUCUUCAUGGGCCGGGCGAGUCCCUGGGGAGAGCCGCUGCUCUUCUGCACCAAGGCUCCCCCAUGCAGGAGCCCGGGAACUGUUGAGUGGUGUUGUCCACUGCAGUCUGGGGAAGGGUGAGGCAAAUGCUGAACAAUUCCUGCUUUGGGAGGCUCCUCCAGGGACAAUGCUGCCAGACAGGCUUGCUGGGUUUGCAGGGAGAGAGUCUUGUUUUGGCAAAUAAAUGCCCCAGAGCAGGAGCCUUCUUUCUACUAGGGAUGGUGACAGACCCUGGGCCUGACAGCGGGACACAAAUUAGAGACGCUAACAAGUAUCGGAGAGCUCAGAACCUGCUGGGGGUUGGUCUGGGGGCACUAAAUCCCCCCUGGAGCUGGGAGUUCUCCCUGCAUUGGUGGGUCUGACUAAAAACCCAGUGUGUGAGCUCCCCCUGCUGGUUCCUCAUCAGCGCUGGAUCCAGACUUUUCCCCGGACUGUGAUAACUCCCUUCACUGAUGCCGGUGCAAGAACCAACGUCUUGGCCUAAUUACUGUGUAGUAACUCGGUGUAGCAGCAAUCUCUGCAAGCAGCUGUAUUCAUACUGGUUCCAUUUGAGAGGGCAGGGGACUCUGGUGGCUUCUGAUCUGUGGAGUAAAGGGCAAGUCCAGGGUGGGAGACCCUGAUCCAAACAUCUGAACUCAUCGCAAACAAUGCGGUUACAAUCAAAAGUGAAUUGUGCAAUGUAUGGCGUCCUGCCCCCACCCUCCCAGUCACAGGGCUAGGGUCCCUCGCAGGUUCUCGCUGUGGGCUGAAGUACAGUGGGGUGUUUCAUUUCCACAGGGAAGGUGGCAGACACUGUGCAAUAACCCAGGCUUCUCUCGCAUUGCCACUGUCUCUGCACUAGCUGAUGUUGCUGUAAUACAGUGAGUGACGCUUGGGUCCGAUGCCUGCAUGACUAUAUGGAGAGGACACCUGUUUGCCAGUGGAUCUGUUUGGUUUAAUAUAUUGAGCCUAAUUUGUUUUUAUACUGUAUAGAAAGCUCAUGUAAUAAAUACCAACUUCCACAAUAAAGUAUUUUCCUAAGAAAUGCA